GUCAGUCAGUCAGUCAGUCGGGCGGCGGCGGCGGCGGCAGCGGCGGCGCAGGCUCCGCCGGGCUGAGGAGCGGACGCGGGGAGGCGGCUCGGGAUCGCGACACAAUGAGGCGAGUGGUACGACAGAGCAAAUUUCGGCACGUGUUUGGCCAAGCGGUGAAAAACGAUCAGUGUUAUGACGACAUCCGCGUUUCCCGUGUUACUUGGGAUAGCUCCUUUUGUGCAGUAAACCCCCGAUUUGUUGCAAUAAUUGUAGAUGCUAGCGGUGGCGGAGCGUUCCUGGUGCUGCCUUUGCACAAGACAGGCAGAAUUGACAAGUCCUACCCAACAGUGUGUGGCCACACAGGACCGGUGCUGGACAUAGACUGGUGUCCUCAUAAUGACCAGGUCAUCGCCAGUGGCUCUGAGGACUGCACCGUCAUGGUGUGGCAGAUUCCCGAGAACGGACUCACCCUGUCCCUGACAGAGCCGGUGGUAGUGUUAGAAGGCCAUUCCAAGAGAGUCGGCAUCGUGGCUUGGCAUCCGACGGCACGCAACGUGCUGCUCAGUGCAGGCUGUGAUAAUGCAAUCAUCAUCUGGAAUGUGGGAACAGGUGAAGCCCUCAUAAACUUGGAUGACAUGCACGUGGAUAUGAUUUACAAUGUGAGCUGGAAUCGCAAUGGCAGCCUAAUCUGUACAGCUUCUAAAGACAAAAAAGUUCGAGUUAUUGACCCCAGGAAACAAGAAAUUGUUGCUGAGAAAGAGAAAACCCACGAGGGUGCCCGGCCCAUGCGAGCCAUUUUCCUCGCUGAUGGAAACAUCUUCACAACUGGCUUCAGCCGCAUGAGCGAACGGCAGCUUGCCCUUUGGAAUCCGAAAAACAUGGAGGAGCCAAUAGCCCUUCAUGAGAUGGAUACCAGCAACGGGGUCCUGCUGCCGUUCUACGAUCCAGAUACCAACAUUAUUUACUUGUGUGGCAAGGGGGACAGCAGCAUUCGCUACUUCGAGAUCACGGACGAAUCCCCCUACGUUCACUACCUCAACACCUUCAGCAGCAAAGAGCCGCAGAGGGGGAUGGGGUUCAUGCCAAAGAGGGGCCUGGAUGUGAACAAGUGUGAGAUUGCCAGGUUCUUCAAGCUUCACGAGAGGAAAUGCGAGCCCAUCAUCAUGACAGUUCCUCGAAAGUCGGACCUCUUCCAGGACGACCUGUACCCCGAUACAGCUGGCCCAGAAGCAGCUCUGGAAGCAGAGGAGUGGUUUGAGGGGAAAAACGCCGAUCCCCUUCUCAUCUCCUUGAAGCAUGGGUACAUUCCAGGCAAGAACAGGGAUCUCAAGGUGGUCAAGAAGAACAUUCUGGACAACAAGCCUGCCGCAAACAAGAAAAGUGAUCUCAUAAAUGCUCCAAAGAAAGCAGCCGAUGCCUCAAACACUCAAAACGAAGCCAAAUUGGAUGAGAUUUUGAAAGAGCUGAAAUCUAUAAAAGACACGAUCACCAACCAAGACGAGCGCAUUUCCAAGCUGGAGCAGCAGAUGGCAAAGAUCGCGGACUGAGCGGGGCGAGCGGCGCUGGCCCCGCCGCCAGCCCAGGCACAUUCCAGUUCCCCACCAGUUCGGCGAGCGGCAGCGUGCAGCAUUCCAGUACGAGCUUUCCUGUCCUCCUAAAUUCACGUCAACGAGAGCUGAUGAUUAAAAGCCAAGCUUUUUAGUGAAUUUUUUUUUUUCCUGAUGUUUUAAUGAAUUUAUGUGACUGUGUCAAACAAGUCAAAAAGAAUAAGUGCUACUUUUACAGUCUUUUUUUUUUUUUUUUUUUUCCCCAGACAUUAUGAAUUCUUGAAAACAAACCCAUUCUGACCUUCAAUGUUGUGCCCAAAUAUCUUUUUCUAGAUUUAGGGACCAAUGCCACAUUGUUCUUCUUAACCAUUUUUUAAAGUUGCCAAAAAAGAAAGAAAAAAAAAAAAAAAAAGUUGCUUUUUAUUUUUCUUAUUUGCCACUUUGCAGUAUUUGUGUUUUCAAUUGAAAGGGACAGCACUGCGUGUGUGUGCGUGUGUGUGUGCGCGUGGCGGGUGUUUAUACUGUUCAGAGAACAAAAAACUGAAGCUAUUUUGUAUAAAUCUUCGAUUUCGAACAAUCAGAUCGGUUUCCUUUGCAGUGUGGCCGUGGCUGCUGCUGAGCCCCCUCAGAGAUCGCACGAGCUGCCUUUCCUGCCUCCCUAACGUGUUCCCAUCACCCUUGGCUGACAGUUAAAGAAAAAAACCAAACCAACCCCUAAUUCUGAACGAGGCGAUCCACGCCACGCUUCUCCUUUUUACACCCUGAAGAACUUUUAAACGAGCAUCCUGUUGCCCUUUUAAAAUAAUGCCGUGGUUUAGAUUCCUUUAGCCAUGCAAAGCGGGCGUGUUUUACUUGACUUUUUUUUUUUUUUUUUUUUUUUUUUAAUUUUUAUUUUGAAGCAGAAGUUACUUUCGUGCAGGAACUAUUUUAAUGUUUUUCCACGGAGCACAGCUGAAGGUGUGCCGUGGGGGACGCGAGCCGUGGGACACUGGCAGUCCCCAGGUUCUCCGGGCUGGCCCUUCCCGCUGCCUGCGCUGCUGUAAAUACUUGUUUCUGCGCUAGAGCUGCCCCACCGCGCUCUUCGGCUCAUUGACUUCAAGAAGCUUUUAAAAUCUGCGAGCUUGCAAUUCUCCGGCCCCUAGAAAUUUAAACUCUGCUUCCAAAGCGGCAUUAGCAGUAGCUAGGUGACUUUAUCAUGACGGGUCUCCAGAAACAAAAUGACUCUGCUGUUUUGUUUUGUUUUGGGUUUUUUUUAAUAUUUUUUUUUUUUUUCCUCUCCAUCAUUCCUGCCUCCCCACCACGCAGUAAAACUUUGCAGGAAAUUAUUUGUUCCUGGAUCAGAUGAGUGAGCUCCGUCCCCAGACACCCCCCCCUGCACUCCCAGGCCUUCGGAGCGCAAGGAACUGGGGAAGGUGGUUUAGGAUCCCAGUUUGGAGAACUGGUUUCUCCCACGGUCCUCAGAGAUCCUCGGGGGAGAGACACCCCCCCCCCCCCGUGAGCACGGCGGGCUCGCGCGAGCUCCUUGUGGAAUUUCUUGGAUGCCUCAGCUCAGCAAACCCCUGCUCAGGUGGGGUCUCCCCUGCGAGGAGCGGGGGGGGGGGGCUGCCUGUGCCAGGGAUGGGUCCCUGCACAUCCCCAGGAUGUGGCAGGACCCGUGCCCCCCCCCUUGCCCCCCCCCCCCCCCCGAAAGCUGUGCCAGGCUGGCUUGGUGCCCCCCCAAAAGCGGGCAAAGACUGUGGGGUGUCCAAGAGCUGUCGGCUGCGCAGCCUCACGCCCUGGCACCGGGGGGGGGCUGGUCCCCGAGGCAGCUCACUGCUCCCCCCACACACGUGCACCCUCGUGCACUCAGGACCCGCCGCACCCGAGCAGCGUCCCCCACCCCCCCCAGGGCAUCCCCGGCGGGGGACACGUCCCUUUGUCCAGGCUGAAGUGAUUUUUUUUUUUUUUUUUUUUUUUUUUUUUCCCCCCAUUAGGUUAGCUAGAAAUCCUCCGAUUCUCCAUUUUUUUCCAGUGUUUGCAUGUUCAGAAUUUACAGAUUAAGGAUUCUCUGCUCUGGAGGGAUGUCUGUGUGUGCAAAGGCGAGCCCCCACCGGCAGGACGGCUGGGCGACGUAGCUGGAGAGGCACAAGAACAGGACACGAAGAGACAGAGGAUGUGUUAUAAUUGCAUAGCAUGAAAACUUAAUAAAAAUGGGUUUUCUUUGUUUUAAGUGGCAAGCAGAGCAGGCGGGACGAGCAUCCCCUGCCCUGUGCCCGUGACCACUGAUGCUGGAUUCACAGUCCAGACACUCCGGGUUAUUUGAAUGUUUGGUGACGUUUUUGUAUUGCAGUAAAUGGCUGAGAUACGAUGUGUAUUUUUUUUUUUUUUAAUCUUUUUUUUUUUUUUUUUUUUUCCGAAAACAAAACCAAACCUAACGCUCCCCCCGAUGGUGAUCUCUGUGUUGAUUUGUACGUGUGACUUCAGGGUUGUGUGCUUGGGGACCUUUUGUUUUUUCUAAUUGGAGGGAAAUAAGUUUUCUGAGACGCUGGAUUGAAAUGCCCAGAGGAGAUCGGUGUGUGGUAGACGGUCCGAGGAGGGCGGAGGAAAGGCCGCCCUGGUUUUUAGUUUAUAGCCUGUAUUUUAUUUAAAUGAACUGAUGCCUAGCCAGGCUCAACCGGAGUCAGUGCCUGAAGCUUUUUGUAGCCGUGAUAUCCCAGAAGAGAACCAGCGAAGUCCUGAAAGAUGCGCUCUUAUAGAGCGGCCAUAGUAUCUGUCCAAAUAUUUGCUUCCAUUUUCAAAAGAUAAAAGUCAUUGAUUAUAAA